AAGAAAAGGCUGCGGCAAGUGAAUUAGGCGUCCCGAGGGAUUUGAGAGUACACAAUGGCAUCAUCGAGCAACAAUUUCCCCAAUUCAGCAAACCCUAACCCUAAGCUCAACGAUUCACAAAUGGCGUCCGAUCCAAUCAACAAUUCACCUCCACAUAUCAUCGAUCCCGACGCUGCUCUAUCCCAAUCCGAGUACCUGACUCGGCGCGAGGUACUGAGUCGCCGAUCUCGCAAACUCCACGAACUCACCAACAUCUACAAAGACCAGUACUGGGCCAUGAUGGAGGAGCUCAAGAAUCAGUUCGGCGAGUAUUACUGGGAGUACGGGAAGAGUCCGUUCGUCGAAGACGAGGAUGGUGUGGAGAACAAUGGUAAUGCUAAUGUUAAUGCGGAAGGGGAGAAUAAUAAUAAUAAUAAUCUGGAGAUUGGGGAGGGUGAGGAGGAUGGCGACAAGGGGGCGGGGAAAGGGAGUGGGAGUGGGAGUGGGGUGCUGUCGAAUAAUCGGUGUGCGGUGCAGGGAUGUAAGAUGAAGGCGAUGCCGCUUACUCAGUAUUGUCAUAUGCAUAUUCUGAGGGAUGAGAAGCAGGUUUUGUAUAAGGGGUGCACUUAUGUCAUCAAGAGUUCACAGGCAGGACCCAUACUUUGUGGUAAGCCGAUACUAAGAACUUCUGUUCCAUCUCUGUGCACUCCUCACAUGCAGAAAGCUGAGAAGCAUGUUGCCAGGGCCCUGAAGAAGGCUGGCCUUAGUGGCCAUUCUACCAGCAAGCUUGCCCCCCAGUUUCAUGUCAUAGUUGCAGAAUUUGUUAAUCAGAUUCAAGCAAAAAGAAGAGCAGCUCGGGAUGUAAAGAAGGAGCCUGGUGAAGUGAAGGAGCCUUGUGAAGUGAAUGAGGACGACGAUAUCAGUCUUUAGGGUUCUAAAUUCUUUGUAAUGAUUUAUUUUCAUAAACCUGAGGAUUUUGCUAUAGAAGAAAAGUUAGUAUCUGGAAGAGAUUUGUGAAUUAUGAUUAUGGGAGAAACCAGCUUUGAAUGCAACACAUGGUUCAUAUUUUCUGAAAGGUUCAAUUUGCAGGUUGGAGUGGGAGCAAUGCGACUUUUGAAACUGUAGCUGCUGUUUUUGCAAUUUGAGGGGGCAAUCAGAAGGUGCUCCUGCUGAUGCUAUGUAAUGUAUAAUUGCAAAAUUAUGUUGCGAAACUUUCAGAUCGGGGUUGCUUCUGUUAACCUUUCAUGAUUGGUUUUUGGGAUAUUAUCUUUUGGACUUGGGAUACCCCAAGGAUGACUGGAAAUUUUCAAGCCCAGUAUUUUUAAUUUACAGUUACUAGAAAAAGUAUACUUAUCCCUUUGUUUACCAUGUCUCUGGAUAGUCGUAAUAAAUUGUGAUAGGUGUUGGACAACUGGGUGUUGCUUAUUACGUGUUAUCAACAUAAAAGAAUCUCUUGGGUGCGAAAAGACUGGUUGUCAAUACUGGAGAUGGUUUUGGACCUGUAGACUGAUAUCAGUAUUGGCUGCAGCAAUGGAACUGUAUAUUGUUGAAUAUGCAAGGAGACCCAGAGUAUCAUUGCAUGUUAAACCCGCUUUAUAGAGAUUUUUAAUUUUCGCAUGAAAGAAUUCUUGAUGUUGUAGUGGUUAACAUGUUACAUGAAUCUCAAUGGAUGUGUAUGAUAUAAAUCUCUAGUUUAGCAAA